AGUUGCCCUAAAGAACGCCGUCAAAUUCAAAGCAUUUUGUAAAACAACCGCCAAUGCAUUUUUUGUAAACAAAUAAAUAAAUAUAAGAAAUUUUAUUAAAACAAAAUGCAGAGACCUAGAAGAACCUCAGAAUUCCAAGAAGAUGCUAUUGGUAUACGGCGUCAGUCGAGAGCUCAGGCUAGAAAUACUCUGGCUCCUUCUCCUUGUGGAAGUGCUGUAGGUACAAAUGCCGUUGGAACAGCAGGCGGUACAGCUAAGAAAUUUAGCGCCAGACAAAGUCGCAUUGCCGUACCAUCACGCCCUUCUUCCAGUGACCGUGGUGGAGGAGGCUCCAUCAAUCCCUAUCUAUCCGUGCCCACCACUAAUACACAAAGAGGUACAACACCACAGAAAACUCCACUGCCUAAAACCACCGCUAAUCGCGUUUUAUUUACCGCUGAAAAACAACGUUCUGGCCAGACUGGGAAUUCGGUGGCUUUGCACAACGACAAAAAAUGGGUGCAAGAACAAACCCAACGUAUAACAGAACAUUUACUUAACCAAGGCACAUUGGCUGGCGGCAUAAGUACCGACUUUUUAAAUCGUGGCCUAAGGCAAAUGUCUAUUAAACAAUUUGUAGCCAUUAUCAACCAUUUCCUAGGCUAUAUCUGGGGCAAUCGCUAUACUGUAGGCAACAAUCACGUAGAGGAUAUAAUAAAUAUUUUGCAAAAGCUGCAAUAUCCUCAUCCGGUAAACAAGUCUUGGCUCAAGACACCCAAUACUCAGCACUCAUUUGGCAAUGUAAUUGUUUUAUUUGAUUUUCUUAUGGAUUUUGUUCCUUGCACAGAUGAAGUCGAAAAUGAGGGUAUAUAUUUCGAAUUAAAAGAACCCGAAGAGUUAAGUGCUUCAAAAAUGCAAGAAGAUCCUUUUCAUAUGCCCGAUUUGGAAUUCCAACAGCAAUUGCUGAAAAACUCGGAGGAGGGAUUUAUGUUGUGGGACAAACAGAAGACCGAGGAAUUCGAUAGUCUCCAGCUACAAACCUGUAAUCUGCUAAUACAAAAAAAUACUGGCUUGGCCGAUAUAAAAGCUGUUGAAAUGGAGGUGGAAAAAUUGAAAGAUACUUUGAAAUCUCUGGAAAAAGAAAAACCUCCAGAGGAUAAGGAAAUGCUGAAAAUGAAGUCAAAACUAACGCAUGAAUUGAAAAGUCUACGUCGAGAAACCAAAAUUCUACAAGAUGAAUGCGAAUCUAAUGAAAGAGAACUAAAGGAUUUGAAUUCUCACAAACAACUCACGAUUAAGGAUGUAGACACUAUAGAAAUGGAUAUUAAAAAAUUGCACGAAAUGCUUAACUCACAAACUUGCACGGUGGAACAGCGCAAUCGCAUGAUAGACGAUAUUAUGCAACACAAACAAAUGCUGGCUAUACAGGAGCGAGCAGUAGAAGAUCUUCAGAAUCGUUAUCAUAAUCAACAGAUUUUGCGUUCUAAAGCCCUUAAGCAAUUUAACGAUCAAAUCGAAAUCUUUAAUGCUCAUAUGAGAGAAGUCAAAUUCUCAGAACUCUUGAAAGGCAACAAUGAUACUUCGCUCAACGAAAACAAUCUGCAAUUAUCUUUACGGCCCGAACAAGCCGAGUUGGAUAAACUAAUACCCUUGUUGCAACAAAUCAAUGAAGAAGCCAAGCUUUAUAUACAAACAAACAAAAAGAAGAUUUUCCAACUGCAAGAACAUUGUAAAGCAUUAACCACUGAUAUCGAGGCAAUAUUACAGCCCAAACUAAUUACUUUACGUACGGCCAAUAACACUAAUAUUGAGAACUUACAAAAACUUGUGAACGUCUUUCAACAGAAUGAAUGUAAAAUGCGAGAGAAAAUACUUAAGUUGGAAGAGGAUAUAAGUGCAGCCGACAAAACAAUCGAAGAACUACAAACGAUUAUUAAACAUAAGAAUUCCCUGGUGGAAAAAAUGAAAGCCGAUAACGAACAAACAAUGCAGGAUGCUGAACGCAAGCAUGGUCAGUAUGUGGAACAGAGAAAAGCCUUUUUGGAAGCCUAUGAAAAAAUGUUAGAUGAAUGCAUACAGGGUGACGUACUGCAGCAAUUGAUACAACAGGUUGAAGUGCAAGAACAACAAUUGGAGGUGUUAAGAAAAGAUUUUAAUAAGAAUUAAUUGUAAUCAAGUUUAUUUUCAAUGUAUUUUAUAUGAAAUGAUUAGAGUUAUGCAUUUUUAAUAAAUAUUUGCAUUGCUAAAAAAUUUUAA